CAUUACAGACAUUGUGAAAAAGAUGGACAGCCUAGACAACUCGUCUGUUUGCCGUGGGGAGGUGUAUACAUCCUACAGUGAGCGGCAGGUUUUUGCUGCUAUCUUUGGUAUCAUCUCUGUGGUGGGAACUGUUGACAAUGCCUUGGUCAUAGCCGCUGUGAUCCUGUCCAGGAAACUCCGCAACGCUACAAACAUGUUUGUGCUAAACCUGAGCAUAGCUGACUUUUUGACCUGUAUCUAUACCAUCCCAAUCAACAUGGUGGCAGUUUUGAGUGAGGACAACUGGCCCCCGCCUAACGCCCCCUGCAAACUCGCAGGCUUCUUGCUGGUACUCUGUUCCAGUUGCAGCCUGAACAACCUGGCCUGUAUUGCCAUCAACAGGUACGUCAUGAUCACCAAAAGCAAGGCAACCUAUAAGAAGAUGUUCAGUGGUCAACGAACCCUAGCAGGGAUUAUCCUGACUUGGCUGGUACCCUUGGCUGUCGUGAUCUUUCCAGCUUUGAGCGGCAUCAUGGAAAUCAAUUUUGAUCCUGUUUCCUCACUCUGCACAUGGAUCCCAACUGGUUCUGUUGAUGUAUUCAGCUUCAUUGUCUUUGCUACAUGUUUUCCACUUCAGGUCUCCCUCAUAUUCUGGGGUUACAUUAACAUCUUUUAUUAUGUCUACGCCCACAGCCAGCGAAUCCGAAUCCGACGUGACAGUAACCUCCAGAUACAAGUGACCAAGAAUCUUGCACUUGUCAUGUGUUUCUUCAUGCUGUGUAUGACACCAUUAUCCGUAGGUCUGUUGCUUUCCUGUUCUGAGCCUGUAUGGUUUCUGCAAGCUGCUGUAGCAAUCUUUCUGGCUAACAGUUGUUUGAAUCCACUCAUUUAUGCAGCCAAGCACCCUAACUUCAGGGUGGUUUUCUGCUGCAUAAUCCGAGGAAAAUGGAAAGACAUACCAGAGAGGGUUUCGUGCGGAUUCUGCUUGUGAUCCUGAAAGAAAUAUGUAGAAAUUUAGCUCCCUUCAGGAAUUAUGCCAAUGGUACAAGUGAUCUGCAGAGGGCAGUAGGAAAGUUCACAACAUCCCACAAAGUGUUUGAAUUUUUGGCUUCUGAUAGGACAAAGGUCAAGUGUUCAUGUAUUGAAGGUCUUAGAAUGUUUAAAGCAGUUCUGCUUUUGAGUGUAAAUAGGCAAAGCUGUUGUGUAUUCAUAAAGUCCUCAAUAUUGGUUGAUUAUGUAACCACUUGCUAAUGUUUUUCCACAACUGUGCCAAUUUUCAUUCCUUUUCAUGUUCCGUGUCUUUAGAAAUGUAGGAAUAAUGAGUUGUUGCCGAGACUGUAAUUUCUGCUCGAAAAGUUUGUUUUUCUUUCAGAAUGGUGGAUGCGUGCCGAUUGUGAGCAUGAUUCUUGACUGUUAUUAACUUUUGAAAAAUACCUACAUUACUCAAGAAAGAAAUUAAAUGCCCAAAGUGUUGGUUACUCUGAUUGCAAUUGUGGGUUGGGCCUAAUAUUUGAAGGAUAUUCACUUGAAUGGAAAAUGUUUGUAUAUUAAUGUUUAUUAUUAUUAAUGUUUAUGUCACAUGACUGUGUAUUAACAUUUGAUAAUGCCUGCUGAGAAGUGAUAAUGCCCGCGGCAUAAAUCAUGUGCUAGCAUAUGAAUACAAGACAGUUUAAUUGGGUUUGACUGGUCAGGAGUCUGUGUGCAUGUAAUGCACCACGGGCGCACCAAGUUCAAUGAAGGGGAUUCUUUUGGACAACUUUCAAAAGGAAUAUACCAUAAAAUGGACGGGGGUGUUCGGAAAAUGAAAGUAAA